AUGACCCUUUACAUUGUCGCCGCCGUUGUGAUAUACCGCUACACUGGAGCAGAUGUUGCCUCGCCCGCCCUAGGCUCAGCUGGUCUGUUGAUUUCCAGGAUAGCCUACGGGAUUGCCCUUCCUACAGUAGUGAUUGCUGGAGUCAUCAACGGCCAUGUCGCAGCAAAAUCACUCUACGUCCGAAUCUUUGCUGGUACUGACAGGAUGCAUGAAAGAGACUGGGUUGCCAUGGGUUCCUGGGUCGGCAUUGCAUUCGGCCUUUGGGUCAUCGCCUGGGUCAUCGCUGAGGCGAUUCCAGGCUUCAACAACCUUCCCAGUUUAAUUGCGAGUCUCUGGUUUAUCUUUGGAUUUACCGGCAUGUUUUGGCUACACAUGAAUAAGGGGCUGUGGUUCUCUUCUCCUCAGGAAAUCAUGCUUACCUUACUAAACUCGUUGGCCAUUUGUGUUGGUGUCAUUCUAUGUGUUCUCGGUCUCUAUGCUUCCGGAUCGGCAAUCCAUAACAGCCCCAGCAGCACUAGCUUUUCGUGCGCUAGGACGGAGUGA